ACUAUAUGUAUUGCUUACCAAACUAACAAAAAUAAAUGCAUUAUGGAAUAAAUCGUAUUCAUGUAUACGUUAUUAAUUAACGAUUAUGACUUGAUAUUGCAAAACAAAUUUAAAUCUUUAAAAGAAAUCGUCAUAUUAUACUUACACUAAACUCGUAUAACAUGACGGCAACUUGUUUUAUGUUUGUGGUUUUUAUUGUAUGUGCAACACCAGUAAUUUCACUGAUUGGGGGAAAAACUGACAUCAGCAAAAUAAGAAAGAAUAUUAUGGAACAGAUCUUUGACAAUUAUGACCCAACAAUUCCUCCCCAUUUUAUUGAAGAAAUCCCAGUAGAAAGCUCCGUGCAGUUGUAUAUCUUGAAUAUUGAUACAAUCAACGAUUCUUUGAUGGAAUUCUCAGUUAGUAUGUUUAUCCGCCAACGAUGGACAGAUAUUCGUUUAAAAUAUAACAAUACUGUUGGGGUUUCACGAUUAGAAUUGGACACAAAAGUAAUGCAGAACGUCUGGGUACCAGAUAUGUUUAUAACCAAUGAAAAAAAGGCAGAUAUUCAUCAAGUGACAGCUCCAAAUAUGUUGAUGCAUAUACAUCCGAAUGGAGAUAUACUUUACAGUAUGAGAGUAACAGGAACAUUUUCUUGUGAGAUGAAUUUACAGAAGUAUCCAUUAGAUAAACAGAUCUGUUCAUUGGGAUUAGAAAGUUACGCUUAUACAACAGACAACCUUGUAUAUAGAUGGCACGACGACGAACCUAUAGUGUACGACAAAGACAUGUCACUACCUCAGUUUCAGUUAGAUGGAAUAACAACAUAUAGCUGUGACAAAGUGUAUCACGGAAUCAUGGACAAACAGGAAUAUACGUGUCUGAAAAUGGACAUAGCACUAUCGAGAAAUUUUGGGUAUCAUUUGACCCAAAUAUAUAUACCGAGUUGUCUUAUAGUCAUUCUAUCAUGGGUGUCCUUUUGGAUUAGUGUUGAUGCCACACCUGCUCGUAUAUCUAUUGGAAUAUUAACCGUCCUCACCAUGACAACACAGAGUUCCGGUGCACGUGAAUCAUUACCAAAAGUGUCUUAUGUGAAAGCAAUCGACGUUUGGAUGGCUGUCUGUCUGCUCUUUGUAUUUGGAGCACUUGUAGAGUUUGCCUUUGUAAAUGUUCUAUCAAGAGUCGAACGACGUAGAAAGUCGCCAAUGUCAAAACAGACUAUUGAAUCCAAUGAACAUACAUGUACAAAUACUAAAACAAGUGGAUUACUGGAUUGCAAAUACUGA